AUGGCUGCUUUACCAGAGGAAAAUCGACCACACUCUAGCAGUGGCUCAGAUACAGCGGUAUCGUCGACGUAUAGUUCGGAUACGUACAUCUCGGACUCGGAAAGGGAAGAUGAAGUGACGGAAAAGGAAGUUCAGAAAACCAAAAGCAAUACAAGCAAAGACAUUGAAAAGGGCUCAUCAAAAGAUGUGGACAUCACAGAAAACGAAAUCUUCGUUGAAAAAUACCCUCUCUCAGACCUCGACAACAACCUUGUCGGCUGGGACUUCCAAGGCGAUCCCACGAAUCCCCGAAACUUCCCCACAGCAAAGAAGUGGCUGUUACUAAUCCUAGUAACAUGCCUAACAACCCUCAGCCCCGUUUCCUCCUCCAUUCUCGCACCCGCUACACCCUUCAUCGACGCGGAAUUUGGCAACACAUCGCAUAUACUAGCCUCUUUGACCGUCAGCGUCUACGUUCUCGGAUUCUCAGUCGGCGUCUUGUUCCUCAGCCCGCUCUCUGAGCUCUACGGACGCUACUGGGUCCUCAACUGCUCGAGCGUCGCCUGGUGCGGUUUUACCUUGGGAUGCGCACUUGCACCGAACCUCGGUAGUCUCAUCGUCAUGCGGUUUCUCGCCGGUGUAGGUGGAAGUCCUUGUCUUACCAUUGGGACGGGCGUCAUUGCAGAUGUCUUUGUUACUGCCAAGCGUGGACUCGCGGUAUCCAUCUUAUCUCUGGCCAUCCUCUUUGGCCCGAUUAUCGGUCCCAUCUGCGGAGGCUUCAUUGCCCAGCGCAUCGGGUGGCGCUGGAGCAUGCGGAUUAUUUUCAUUGCGGGAUGCGUCUUGACGGGCAGUCUCUUCGCCUUCAGCUCCGAGACGUAUCAUCCUGUUCUCCUGCAGCGCAAGACGCUGCGGCUCCGGAAAGAGCUGGAUCGGCCUGAACUCCAGAAUAUCAUGACGUACAAAAAGGGCGUCGAGGCAUUGAGUGUAAAGCGCAGCCUUUGCAACAGCGUCACACGCACGGUGCAGAUGCUCUUCAAGUCGCCGAUUGUACUCUUCUGCUCGCUUUACAUGUCUUUUGUAUUCGGUCUUCUUAUGAUGCUCUUCACGAGCCUCACUCCCGUCUUCAUCCACACAUACGGCUGGUCUCCUGAAAUGACGGGUCUCGCGUACCUAGGCAUCGGCGUCGGAAACUGCUUUGGUGUCGCAUUUGUUGCUAGGACUAGCGACGCAACAAUUGUCCGGCUCACGAAGAAGAACAAGGGUGUUUACGAGCCGGAAAUGCGGCUGCCAGCUUGUGUAUUCUUUGGUCUUAUGAUCCCGAUAUCGCUAUUUCUGCAUGGCUGGACUGCUCAAUAUCACGUCCACUGGAUUGUUCCAAUUGCAUCACUCAUCCCAUUCGGCUUCGGUCUCAUGGGUCUCUACGCGCCCCUGCAAACUUACAUGAUUGACAGUUUCCCUCAGUACGCUGCAUCGGCUGUAGCCGCCAUGUCGUCUCUCCGCUGUCUCGUGGGUGCUUUAUUGCCGCUCAGCGGGCCACUGAUGUAUGAGAAGUUGGGUCUGGGAUGGAGAAAUAGCAUAUUGGGAUUUAUUGCUGUGGCGUUCAUUCCCGUCCCUGUGUUACUAUAUCGAUAUGGCAAGGUGAUACGAGAGAAGUAUCCUGUAAAAUUUUGA